CUUAUCUAAAAUUGAAUAUCCCAACAAAUUUAAUACUAUAUGAUGUAUUAAGACAGAGAGUACUAAAUUGAAACAAAAGACUAGUUAAGUUGGUUAAGGAAAAAGUGCCAAAUGUUGGGACUGAAAUAAGGUUCUUGUAAAUUGUCAUGUCACAUUUGCACACGGCUGCAUUGAAAGCGACCAAACUAAAACACUUGAAACAGCUUCAUGCACAACUCAUUCAACACUCCCUCUACUCCGACAACUACUCGGUGGCGCAGCUCAUCAAUCUCUGCACGCGCCUCCACGCGUCACCCACCUACGCUCGCCGUGUUUUCGACUCCGUCCACCAUCCCAAUGUCUUCGUUUUCACUAAUAUUCUCAAGUUCUACUCACAACUGGGUGCCCACAGUGAUGUUCUCUACCUGUUUGAUAAAAUGCAGAUAUGUGAUGUUACCCCUGAUGCCUUUGUGUAUCCGAUUCUAAUUAAAGCGUUCGGAAAAUGGGGGGUUGUGUUCCACUCCAAGUGUAUUAAAAUGGGUCAUGAUUGGGAUAGGUUCGUCCGCAAUGCGAUUAUUGAUAUGUAUGGAAAGUUUGGGCCAUUGGAGAUUGCGCGGGAGCUGUUUGAUGAAAUUCCCAAGAGAGCUGUUGCGGAUUGGAAUGCGAUGAUUUCGGGGUAUUGGAAUUGGGGGAAUGAAGUUGAAGCAAGGGGUUUGUUUGAUUUGAUGCCUGAGAAGAAUGUGGUUACGUGGACUGCAAUGGUUACUGGGUAUUCAAGAAGGAAAGAUUUGGAGAAUGCUAGGAAGUAUUUUGAUCAAAUGCCGGAGAGAGGUGUUGUGUCUUGGAAUGCAAUGCUUUCGGGGUAUGCUCAGAAUGGGUGUGCGGAAGAAGUUAUAAGGUUGUUUAAUGAGAUGAUGAGUUGUGGAGUUUGUCCUGAUGAAACUACAUGGGUUACUGUCAUUUCUUUGUGUUCUUCGCAUGGUGAUGCUAGCCUUGCCGAGGGGCUUGUUAAGAUGAUAAAUGAGAAGGGUGUUCGUUUAAAUUGUUUUGCAAAGACUGCACUACUUGACAUGUAUGCUAAAUGUGGGAACCUUUCUAUGGCUAGGAAGAUCUUUGAUGAAUUAGGUACAUACAAGAAUUUAGUUACAUGGAAUGCGAUGAUUUCAGCAUAUGCAAGAGUUGGUGAUUUGGCUUCCGCAAAAGAGCUAUUUGAUAAGAUGCCUGAGAAGAAUGUCAUCUCUUGGAAUUCAAUUAUAGCUGGUUAUGCUCAAAAUGGACAAUCUAAAGUGGCUAUUGACCUUUUCAAAGAUAUGAUAGCAAAAGAUGUGCUGCCAGAUGAAGUUACCAUGGUUAGUGUAAUCUCGGCCUGUGGCCACCUUGGGGCUUUGGAAUUAGGCAAUUGGGCAGUUAAUUUCCUGGAAAAGCAUCAAAUCAAGCUGAGUAUUUCAGGCUAUAAUGCUCUGAUUUUCAUGUAUUCCAAGUGUGGUUAUAUGAAAGACGCUGAGAAAGUUUUCCAAUCGAUGGAAGACAGAGAUGUGAUUUCUUAUAACACAUUGAUUACAGGUUUUGCAGCUUAUGGCAAUGCCAUUGAAGCUGUUGAAUUGUUGUGGAAGAUGAAGAAAGAAAGUAUUGAACCAGAUCGAAUAACCUAUGUUGGGGUACUAACAGCGUGCAGUCAUGGUGGAUUGCUUGAAGAAGGUCAAAGGAUAUUUGAUUCAAUCAAAGAUCCAGACUCCGAUCACUAUGCGUGCAUGGUUGAUUUGUUAGGUAGAAACGGUAAACUAGACGAAGCAAAAUGUUUGAUUGGAAGUAUGGCAAUGCAUCCACAUGCAGGAGUAUAUGGUUCUCUUUUACAUGCUAGUCGAGUUCACAAAAGGAUAGACCUUGGAGAGUUUGCUGCUAGUAAGCUCUUUGAAAUAGAACCAGAAAAUUCAGGUAAUUAUGUUUUGCUUUCAAACAUAUAUGCCUCAGCAAGAAGAUGGGAAGAUGUAGACAGGGUGAGAGGGUUGAUGACAUUUGGAGGAGUAAAGAAGACAACUGGAUGGAGUUGGAUUGAACACGAGGGUGAGAUGCACAAAUUUAUAGUGGGUGACAGGUCACACGAGCGAUCAGCAGAUAUUUAUAGAGUGCUCUCUGAAACAGAAAAGAAGAUGAGGCUAGCUGGAUAUAUGGCUGAUAAGAGCUGUGCUCUAAAAGACGUUGAAGAAGAAGAGAUGGAAGAGAUGGUAGGGACCCAUAGCGAGAAGUUGGCUGUGGCUUUUGCUCUUCUUGUUACUGAACCACAUUCGGUCAUAAGGGUGGUGAAGAACCUCAGAAUAUGUAGGGAUUGUCACGCGGCAAUCAAAAUCAUUUCAAAGAUGGAGGGGAGGGAGAUCAUUGUAAGGGAUAAUAAUCGGUUCCACUGCUUCAGUGAAGGGCAGUGUUCUUGUAAAGACUAUUGGUAGUCGUGGCUUACCAACCAAACUGAUAUAUGUUGUAUGUACUUGGAGCAGCAUAUUGAUUAGGCUGCAGAAAAAUUGUCAGUCAUGUGAAGGUAUUGCAAUUUGCCGGAUCUUUCCAAUAUGAUCGGAGUGAUGGCUUUUAGAGACUGCUGAUGAACAGCUCUAUUUUGCUGUUAGUUUGUGUUUGAGCAGCAACAUUUAGUUCGCGGAUAGAAGUAGCCGUCGAGAAGGGUUCAGCAAAAGGCUAUUAUUAGUGGGAUGAGUCAAAGGGCUAUGACUGUUGGAUUGUUUUUGUUCCAGCGGCAAUUGAAUUCGUUUCAAUUUA